GCCUAGCCGAGGUGCCGGGAAACCGAAAGUCAUCACUGCACUGGCCAGUGGCGCUCCGGGACUUGCAAUUCGGCGCCACAACUGACAGCGUGCCUGCCAUCCCGCGGCCUUUUCUGGUUUGUGCAAUUCUGCCCACGCCCGCGACCGCAACAUCACUGUCGCCAGUGAAAGCGCAUUAAUUGCUCCCGUUGCCGCCAUGGCCGCUCUCCGCUCUUCCGCCUCCGUACUGCUCGGCGCCGCCGCGUCCAGGCCGGCCCUGCGCGCGGCCGCUGCCGCUCCCGCUGCCGUCCGCGGCAUGGCCCAGCUCGCCGAUGGCGCUCAGCACAGCACGACCGCCUCGGGCGAGCAGCCGAAGCUCAAGACCUUCCAGGUCUACCGCUGGAACCCGGACACACCAACCGAGAAGCCGCGGAUGCAGAGCUACACCCUCGAUCUCAACAAGACCGGCCCCAUGGUUCUCGACGCCCUGAUCCGCAUCAAGAACGAGCUCGACCCCACGCUCACCUUCCGCCGGAGCUGCAGAGAAGGCAUCUGCGGCAGCUGUGCCAUGAACAUCAACGGCACCAACACUCUCGCGUGCCUGUGCCGCAUCCCUACCGAGUCCUCGGCUGACAUAAAGAUCUACCCGCUUCCGCACACCUACGUCGUCAAGGACCUGGUUCCCGACCUUACCCAUUUCUACAAGCAGUACAAGUCGAUUAAGCCGUAUCUGCAGAGGGAUACGCCCUCGCCGGAUGGCAAGGAGUACCGGCAAAGCAAGGCGGACCGGAAGAAGCUCGACGGUCUCUACGAAUGCAUCCUCUGCGCGUGCUGCUCGACCUCGUGCCCGUCCUACUGGUGGAACUCGGAGGAGUACCUCGGCCCCGCCAUCCUCCUGCAGUCCUACCGGUGGCUGGCCGACUCCCGCGACGAGAAGACGGCCGAGCGCAGGGACGCGCUCAACAACUCGAUGAGCUUGUACCGCUGCCACACCAUUCUCAACUGCACCCGGACAUGCCCCAAGGGUCUCAACCCCGGCCUGGCGAUCGCCCAGAUCAAGAAGGAGAUGGCUUUCUAACGGACAGCCAUGAUGGUGAGCGGCGAGCGAGGAAACGGUUGGGGAAUCUGGCAUGGGCGAGGAAAAGAAGGAGCGGGGGUGGCGGUAUGAGUCCUGAACGCCAGGCUCGGGUAGAUAUGUACACUGUACCUUGGUCUCCCGCAUGGUCGGAGUUUACUUUGUCUCAGUAACAGCAAUAGGAUGUUUCUUUUCUCAGGUCUAUUUGACCAGUCUCGCUCUCCAGGCGGUGUCUCAAGAAACGGGAGGGAAAUAAGCAGAAUACGCACCGGCGGUUC